AUGAAGGCCUUCCUAAGUGCCAUACAUCAGGGCAGCAAAGCAUACUUCCAUGGUUUCCCAUUGCCCACAUUUCCCGUCUCAUUGGAUAGGACACCAUUCAACGCACAGCCAGUCCCAGAAGGCGUGUCGAAACAAGAUUCAAUGGACCAGUGUCCCAAGUAUCGAGUCAUCGACUUAAAACAAGCCCUUAAUUGCCGGUCAAACAAUGUGAACUUGGCCGACUACCAGAUGAAGCUAUACGAAACUAGAGAGGCGAGCAUUGUAGAGCUCAAAGGUCAAUGCCUUCUAUCCGAAGGCGUGAAGUAUGUUCCAUCUUUCGACUGCAUCUCAGCUGCACUCUGGAAGUAUCGCCUACCCCCCAACGAAAAGCUCAGAUUCGGCGCGGACUUUGAACGUACGGGCUUCCUGGUAAACAGCUGGUUCGUGGGAGCAGUAGAAUACUUUGACUUUGGUGCUGGCUUGCCUCAAGCAUUUCGCCCAAAACCAAAUCCAUUGCGAGUUGCUUUCUGCAUGUUCCUUCCCAGUUUCCGCGAUUCAUCGAAGGGCACUCGGGAAUUGCUGAUUCAGCUUCGCGCCAAGGAACAUGAGAUGCUAAUGGAAGACGACUUCUUCUCCAAGUAUUUCAAGCUGGUUUCCUACCCUGCACUGUGA